UCUACUGGAAGCUUAUCUCGUGCGCGAGCCCGUCUGUCCGGCAGGUGUGUCUCGAGAGAACACUUCCUGUGCUGAACUUCGGAGAAAGAUUUUCUCGAUAUGGCUGCAGAGGAACUGGGAAAAGUUGAUGUCAUUACACACCUGUCGAACCAAGCCCUAGAGGAGUAUGAGGGCCUGCAGAGAAACCACGAGACAGCAGCCAUGGAAUGCAAGAGACUGAAGAAGGAGAGAGAUGAGGCCAUGAAGAAACUUGAUGAGUUCCAGCAAGUCUCUGAGAUGGUCAUUGAAGAGGUCAAUUCUAUUCAGGAAAACCUGCAGAUCGAGAGGAUUUGUAGAGAGAGUGCAGAAUCCCUGGCUUCCAAGCUGAACCGUGAGAACCGCUCUCUGAAGAGGAAGAGCAUGUUGUUGUUGUCUCACCUCAGCCCAGAAACCAUCACAGAGAUCAACCUUGAGGAUGAAGAGGAGGAGAGUGGGGACUUUCAUGCAGCUGUCAAUGUCUGCGUCUCCUCCGAGUGCCACAAUACCAUCUCAGAGCUUCAAAAUAAGUUGGACUUGACACUGAAGGGGAAAAAUAAAGCAAUCAGUGAUUAUGAGGUAGUAAGAGAACAACUGAGGGAAACCAGGGAGGAAUUGCUGAAAGAAAAACAUGAUAACACAGUUUUAAUUGCUGAGACACUGCAACAAAAGAAACUCCUGGGAAGAUAUAACAGAGUGUCUCAGUUUGCUGUGGAAGAAUACAAUGCUUUACAGGACACCUUGAACCUGGAGCGAGACCUGAGGACAGAGGCAGAGAACUAUGCCAGAACAAUGGUGGUGGAGCAAAAGAAGUUGAAGAGACAGAGUCAGAUCCUGAUGCAGAGCUCCUCGCUAAGUGAAGCUCUGCAGGAUGCCCUGAUCCAGGUUGCCAGACUGACAGAGGAUCUGGAGACACAGAGGCUGGAGCACCAGAACGAGAUAAAGCAGAUGGAAGACAGGUUAAGGAGCUGUGAGGCUCAAAAGGAGAUAAUGGCAUUGAAGCGCAAACUAGAGCUCCUGGAGGAGGAGAGGAAGGAGUGCAGCAGCAAAUGCUCAAAGGCCGAAGUCGAGGUCAAGGAUCUGCGGUUUACAGUUGAAGAGCUCCAGAAGAAGCUUCAGGUCGCUACCAACCCACCCCCAGCUCCAACACCUCCACCACCACCACCACCACCUCUACCUCCUCCAGCCCCAACCACUGCUUCCAAUCCACUCAGCUCACUGUUGUCACUGAUUCGAAAGAGAAGAGACAUCAGUGCUGACAUCCCACUGGUCAACCAGGACUCUCCCAAGACACCAGAAGUGGAUGUCAGGCAACAGGCAGUGGAUGAAAUGAUGCAAAGGAUCAAGAAAGGCAUCCAACUUCGACCUGUCAGCCAGCCACGUCAGAUACCCAGGAGACAGAUGGAGAGGCUGCCCUCUAAUUCUGCCAUUCAGGAACUUAAAGGAAUCAUGGAGAAUUUCAAUAGAACCUCCCCCAAACCAAAGGCAGCUUCUCCAUCAGCAAACCGCGAUGAGGAGCUGCAGAGGAUCCUGCUGCAACGGCGGGAUGCACUGGAGUCCCACCACAAUGCUGGUCUCCAUCCCUUCCUCUCCCCUGCAGUGUGAUGGGUGCCACCAGACGGAGCUCAGCCCUCACAACUGUCUGCAUACGUAGUAGACUGGGUGUGGGUAACAGAUAAACGUGAUUGAAAAUUAAUGUCUACCAUUUCAGUUUAUUGUAUGUAUACACAAUUCAUUUAAAAGAACAAUUUGACUAUA